UUAUCUAGUGUGUUGUCUAACUGUCAAAAAAAAUGAUGACUUCUACAGAAACGUCGGAAGUAGAAAACUUGGGUGAGAAAGGUGCCGAAGAUUCGGCGAUCUUGGAAGUAAGUUCAAUGGCGGUAGGCGGAAUCGUGAAGCAGGAGAGCCGCGACGUCGACUUCUUGUCCAACUGUAGCACCUCCAUCGAGGGAUCUGUGAUUGCAUCCCCUUCUAUUGAUAGUUUCUCUACUCUACCAGAGCAAGAAAUGUCAGACUUUCAAACAGACUCUCGAGAUCUGCAAGUGAAAGUAGACAAUCCACAAAAACACCUAGAAACCUUAGAAACUUAUAUUACAUUUCGUAUAACAACCAGAACUACACGCCCAGAAUUUGAAGAAGGAGAAUACAUAGUCCGUAGACGCUAUAAUGACUUCAUCUGGCUUCGUCAGAAGUUGGUAGAUACUUAUCCAACACAUGUUAUACCACCAAUGCCAGGCAAACAUACGCUGCUUGCUCAAUUAGACCGCUAUUCCAAAGAAUUCGUUAUAGCUCGCAUGAAACUUCUUCACAUAUUUCUGAACAGAGUGGUGAAUCAUCCUAUUCUCAGUUGUGACAAAAACCUUUAUAUAUUUCUCACAACUAAACCUGCUGAAUUUCUUGUUCACCGCAAAAAUCGUGGAAAUGUGCUGGUUAAAAUGACAGAUUCCUUACAAAACAUAGCAAGUACAUAUACAAUGAAGCAACAUCACUUGGAGUUCGAGCAGAUUCGAGAUUAUUGUACAGCACUUAGUGAAAAAUUGUCGACUAUUGAUAAAGUCAAUCACCGCAUACAUAAAGAAAGGCAAGAUUAUUUAUUGGAGCUUCACCAAUUACAUCCCAUAUUUACACUAUGGGCAACAUCAGAACCAGAACUUGCUCCAAUUUUAUUGGCAAUCGCUAAAGCAGUAGAAUCGAAUGCACUAGCACAUCAGAAACUUUUGGAAAAUGUUCCCAACGACGAACGCGAAUAUGUUUCGUAUGUAGAGGCAGUCAAGAACGCUUUAUCCCGCCGCGAUUCAAUGCAGAUUGAAUAUGAGAUAACCGUCGAUGAAUUGGCAAAAAGAAGAUUAGAGAAGGAUCAGUUGGUAGGUGUUACAAGCUGCACGGUUCCUUCACAAGGUUGGGGAGGAUCUUUGUGGAAGGCAGAAUCUCGUGAUGAAAAAUUAGAGAGACUUGGUCAGACUAUUCCACGAUUAGCCAAGCAAGCAGAGAUUUUGCAGGAUCGUGUGGAAUGCGCGAAUGAGAAUUUGCGAAGUGACUUGCAAAGGUGGAAUAUGGAAAAACAGACGGAUCUGAAAAAUAUGCUAAUCUCAAUGGCGGACCGACAUAUCAGACACUAUCAACAGUGCAUGAACGCGUGGGAAGAAAUACUCGCUGGCCUCAAGUUGGACGGAAUCGGAUCUGACGCUACCGUAGGACCGCCUGUUAAAAUACCCGUUUGAAUCUCUACUCUCUUUUCGUCGCACUCCACACGAAAGGAUAUAGAAUAAAUAUUCGUUAUAACAAUGUCUAUACAAAGGUAAUAACACACCAGUUCGAGAGAAUCUCUAUUAAAUAAUGACACAAAGAGUUUAUUGCAAUUUAAAGAACAAUCUCUAUUAGCUUGUCGAUAUUAAUGCUUUACAAAAACGACACGCCGUUUCGACAAGAAUCUCGAGAAGGAAGAUUAAUUAGUAUGCAAAUUGCAACGGUUGAUGAUGCUACUACCGUUUGCAGAUUGCAUUUAGUAAAAGUUGCGUAUUUAUGUAUAUACAUGUUAUAUGUAGUAUACUAAUAUCAAAACUCUAUUCGAAAAAAUCCGCCUUUUUAUGAUACAAAAUAAUCUUGUGAUAACGUGAAAAAUUAAGUAUAAUGCAAUUUGGUCCUAUAAAUACACACACACACAUAUACAUACAUACGUAUGUAUAUAUGUAUGUAUGUAUGUAUGUAUAUAUAUGUGUGUAUAUAUAUAUAUGUAUAUAUAUGUGUGUAUAUAUAUAUAUACACACACAUAUAUAUACACACACAUCUAUAUAUACACAUAUAUAUAUAUAUAUAUAUUACGUACGUGGAGCGAGUUUCAUAUAUGAGAGAAAUUUCUGCAACAUAUUUUUU